AUGCAGCCCAGCAACUUCCUCCGCAACCGGAAGUCCUCCCGCGCCGCGCUCGCCGCCUGUGCGGUCGUCGCGCUUGUCUUCUUCCUCAAUGAGCUGCGGUGUGUAAGGCAUGGAUGUCUGAGAAAGACGGGGUUUACGGGUGGGUGGGAGCAGGAGGAGGCGCAGACGAGUCCGGAUAGCAGGGGGGCAAUAGAGGCGAAGACGAUGGGGUGGACAGGUGCGGAAGAUGCGGUGCCGUUUGGGGAUGGGGUGAAGGAGGCGGAGAGCCAGAGGGCAGGACAACCGGUGGGGGUGGUUGAAGGGAGAGUGAGUGUGCAGGAGUUGCAGGUGCCAACGCCAGCGCAUGUGGUCGGGGUGGAUGGGAGUGUGGUUCAUGGAGGUACGCAAGGGGCUGGGACGGAGGCUGCUGUGGUGCAAGGAGGACACCGUGUUCAGAGCGGAGGAGAGCAGAAUAUGGGGUUGGGUAUGGGUAUGGGUAUGGGUAUGGGCGUGCCUGGGCUGGAUGGGACAUGA